UGUGUGUCGCAUCCCACUGGUGUGUGGUAGAGUGCGGUAUUAAACAAUGCGGGUGUAGUACGAAAUAUUUUUGUGGCAAAAUGUUUGACAUGGAAAGUGGUGGGACAGUGCGGUGUCCCGCGAUGGAGGCGGCCGCGAGCGUGGCCCCCUUGGCCUCAGAUGGGUCUCCAUCCUCGGCCAACAGUUCAGACCUGUUUUUGUACGACGACUCCUCGAUGUCAGACGGCAGUUUGUACGCCAGCGAUCAAGAAAAUCACUCAAUUCCUAGAAAAAGGCCAGAAUGUCGGCGGUUGCACAAGCGUCGCUCCCGCUGCCCCCAGCAGCAAAUUCAGCAGCGCCAAGCCGCCAACUUGCGCGAGCGCCGGCGUAUGCAGUCCAUCAACGAUGCUUUCGAAGGCCUGCGCGCACACAUCCCAACGCUGCCAUACGAGAAGCGCCUGUCCAAAGUCGACACGCUCAAACUGGCCAUCGGGUACAUCAGCUUUUUGGGUGAACUGGUACGGGCUGACAGAGAUUCGCCGGAUUCAAUGCUGUCAGGAAUGGGAAAUGUAAAAAAUAAGGAAGAACAAAAGAAAGUUAUUAUAAGAGCGCGGCAAAUAUUCGACUCGACUGGGGUGCCGACGGUGGAAGUGGACAUGGUGACCGAGCUCGGGCUGUUCCGCGUCGGCGUGCCCUCCACCGACAACAAGAAGCUGGCCGAGGCCGUGCAGCUGCGCGACAACAACCCCGCCGAGUACCACGGCAUGGGCGUCAGCAACGCCGUCAAGAACAUCAACACCAUCAUCGCGCCCGAACUCAUCAAGCAAAACCUCGAAGUCACCAUGCAAAAAGAAAUCGACCAAUUCAUGAUCUCGCUCGACGGCACAGAAAACAAAUCCAGACUGGGCGCCAACGCUAUCAUGUGCGUCUCCCUCGUGGUGGCCAAAGCUGGAGCCGCCAAAAAAGGCGUCCCCCUGUACAGGCACAUCUCUGACAUGGCCGAAGUCACGACAAUCAUUCUUCCAGUCCCGCACUUCACGAUACUGACCGGCGGCGUCAUGGCUUCGAACGGUCUGCCCUUUCAAGAGUACUGCAUAAUGCCAACUGGAGCAUCUUCGUUUAUGGAUGCGAUGAAAAUCGGCACAGAAAUAUAUCGCUACGUCAAAAACAUAAUACGUUCCAAGUACAAAAUCGAAAAUAUCUAUGUCAGUGAUAGCGGCGGAUUCGCGAUACCUCUGGAGAGUCAUCGAGAUGCGCUCCUUUUCCUGACAGACGCGAUCAAGCAGUGCGGCUACGCAGGCAAAGCCGAGAUAGCUAUCAACGCUUCUGCAACCGAUAUGUUCAAAGACGGCGCCUACGAUUUAGAGUUCAAGAAUCCCAAUUCUAACCCGCAAGAAUAUAUGUCUUCGGAUAAACUUGCUGAAAUAUACCUGGAUAAUAUAAAGGAGUUUCCCGUGUGCUCAGUGGAAGACGGUUUUGAGUUCGAUGACUGGGCUGCGUGGUCUAAUUUGACUGCGCGUACGCAGAGUCAGGUGUUCGGGAACGAUUUGACUCAGACGAAUUUGAGGAGAGUGGGUUUGGCGGUGGAAAAGAAGGCGGGGAACGCCGUGGCGUUGCGUUUGAACCAGGCGGGUACGCUGAGUGAGGUGAUUGAGUGUUACAAGUUGUUGAAGGCGAACCAGUUCGGCAUAGUGGUGGUGGACCGGUGGGGGGACACGGAGGACCUGUUCUUGGCGGACCUGGUGGUGGGGCUCUCGGCAGGGCAGAUCAAGUGUGGGGCGCCCGCACGCAGCGAGCGCGUCGGCAAGUACAACCAGAUCCUCCGGAUUGAGGAGGAGUUGGGCGCGCUGUCUAAAUAUGCCGGGAAGAAUUAUCGUGGUCAGAUGUAAUU